AUGCAGUGCAGAGGCACUGGCACCGGCAUAAUGAUACGCACACCAAAGACAAGUACACAAAGUGAAAAAAGGGCAGGACCGAUAGUCGCUGAAUUGGAAAAGAAGUUGCAGGAAACAGACGUAGAACUGCGAAACAAGAUUAGGCUUCAACAAGAACAGGUAGUGAAAUGCUAUGCUUUGGUGUCAGAUCUCACCAAGAGAUUGGAAAAAAUUGAAGAAAAACAGGCUAGUGUAAAAGUGUGUCCCCGUGACUUUAUUGAACUCUUUGGCAGCUGCUACUAUUAUUCGACGGUUCAGAAGACUUGGCACCAAGCUCAGGAGCACUGUCAAAGUAUCUCUGCCAAUCUGGUUACUAUAACUUCUAAAGAUGAAAAUGAGAUCAUAUGGAAACAUUUACCAGGUUCAGUAAAGCACUGGUGGAUAGGUGCUAGCGACCGGAUAUCCGAGGGGACAUGGGUUUGGGUUGCCAACAACUCCAGACUCACGUACACCAACUGGAAUAAAGGUGAACCUAACAACCAAGGUGGAUCGGAAAACUGCGCGGAGUUAAACAAGGAAAGGGGGUCUCCCACGUGGAAUGAUGUUCCAUGUAGUGGUACUCGACAAUUUGUCUGUGAAUGGUCUCGACUUUGACAACAGUUUCAACCCCAGGACCAAUGGCAAUGUCAUUGCAUUCUUUUACGUUACACCUUUUACCUUUGUCAAACAAUUUGAUCCUUGUUAAUACUUUACAGGUACAUUUAGCUGGUUCUUUAUUAUUCCUUGUAGUUACCUUUCAGCCGUGAGAAAGCCUUUAUCAAUGAAAUACGGUCUUUCUAUUGCCUCUAAAUUUCCCUGAGUGAAUUUUGCAAAAAAAAUCAUGGACGAAUUUUAAUAAAGAUUUCAGGAUAGAUCACAUAUCAUCCAGGAGAGAAAUUUAUAUAUUGGGGGACACCGUUCGAUACAUUUGGUUUAUUUGAUUGUUUACUGUUUAA